AUGCAGCAGGGCGCCGCGCUGUGUCUGCGCCUGUGGCUCUGCCUGGGACUCUUCAACAGUGAGCGCGGUCUGGUGAGUGGCUACUCCAUGACCCCCCCAACCCUGAACAUCACAGAGGAGACACACGUCAUUGACUCCAGUGACAGCCUGUCCAUCUCCUGCAGGGGGCAGCACCCCCUCCAGUGGGCCUGGCCAGGGGCUCUGGAAGUGCCAGCCAUGGAGGAAAAGGACAGUGAAGACACGGGGUUCAUUCGAGACUGUGAAGGCACGGAUGCCAGGCCCUACUGCAAGGUGCUGCUGCUUCCCAAGGCCCAUGCCAGUGACACGGGCAGCUAUGGCUGCUACUACAAGUACAUCAAGGCCCGCAUCGAGGGCACCACCGCAGCCAGCACCUAUGUGUUCGUAAGAGACUUGGAGCAGCCAUUCAUCAACAAGCCAGGGACGCUCCUGGUCAACAGGAAGGACUCCAUGUGGGUGCCCUGCCUGGUGUCCAUCCCAGGCCUCAACAUCACUCUGCGCUCGCAAAGCUCAGUACUGAGGCCUGACGGGCAGGACGUGGUGUGGGAUGACCGCCGGGGCAUGCGGGUGCCCACUCCACUGCUGCGUGACACCCUGUACCUGCAGUGCGAGACUACUUGGGGCGGCCAGGCCUUCCUAUCCAACCCUUUCAUCGUGCACAUCACAGGCAACGAGCUCUAUGACAUCCAGCUGUUCCCCAAGAAGUCAAUGGAGCUACUAGUCGGGGAGAAGCUGGUCCUGAACUGCACCGUGUGGGCCGAGUUCAACUCUGGCGUCACCUUCAGCUGGGACUACCCAGGGAAACAGGCUGAGCGGGGAAAGUGGGUGCCGGAGCGGCGCUCCCAGCAGACUCACACAGAGCUCUCCAGCAUCCUGACCAUCCACAACAUCAGCCAGCACGACCUAGGCCCAUACACAUGCGAGGCCAACAAUGGCAUCCAGCGGUUCCGGGAAAGCACCGAGGUCAUUGUACAUGAAAAGCCCUUCAUCAGCGUUGAGUGGCUCAAGGGUCCCAUCCUGGAAGCCACAGCAGGAGACAAGCUGGUGAAGUUGCCCGUGAAGCUUGCAGCGUAUCCCCCACCAGAGUUUCAAUGGUACAAGGACAGAAAGGCUGUGUCAGGGCGCCACAGUCCACAUGCCCUAGUGCUCAAGGAGGUGACAGAGGCCAGUGCAGGCAUCUACACCCUCGCCCUGUGGAACUCCAUGGCCGGCCUGAAGCACAACAUCAGCCUGGAGCUGGUGGUGAAUGUACCCCCCAACAUCCAUGAGAAGGAGGCCUCCUCCCCCAGCAUCUACUCCCGCCACAGUCGCCAGGCCCUCACCUGUACUGCCUAUGGGGUGCCCGCUCCUCUCAGCAUCCAGUGGUACUGGCGGCCGUGGACACCCUGCAAGACCUUCUCCCAACGCAGCCUCAGCCGACGGCAACAGAGAGACCACAUGCCACAGUGCCGGGACUGGAGGGAGGUGACCACGCAGGAUGCUGUGAACCCCAUUGAAAGCCUGGAUACCUGGACUGAGUUUGUGGAGGGGAAAAAUAAGACGGUGAGCAAGCUGGUGAUCCAGGAUGCCAAUGUGUCUGCCAUGUACAAAUGCAUGGUCUUCAACAAGGUGGGCCAGGAUGAGCGGCUCAUCUAUUUCUACGUGACCACCAUCCCUGAUGGCUUCAGCAUUGAAUCCGAGCCAUCGGAGGAGCCCCUAGAGGGCCAGGCUGUACGCUUGAGCUGCCAAGCAGACAACUACACUUAUGAGCAUCUGCGCUGGUACCGACUCAACCUAUCCACACUGCAUGAUGCACACGGAAACCCACUGCUGCUCGAUUGCAAGAACGUGCACCUAUUUGCCACACCACUGGCUGCCAGCUUGGAGGAAGGGGCACCGGGGGCACGCCACACCACACUCAGCCUGACCAUCCCCCACGUGGCACCAGAGCAUGAGGGCGACUACGUGUGCGAGGUGCAGGACCGUCACAGCCAUGACAAGCAUUGCCACAAGAAGUACCUGUCAGUGCAAGCCCUGGAAGCCCCACGGCUUACACAGAACUUGACCGACCUCCUGGUGAACGUGAGCGACUCCCUGGAGAUGCGGUGCCCUGUGGCCGGGACGCACGUGCCCAGCAUCAUGUGGUACAAAGACGAGAGGCUGCUGGAGGAAAAGUCCGGAAUCGACCUGGCGGACUCCAACCAAAAGCUGAGCAUCCAGCGCGUGCGCGAGGAGGACGCAGGCCGCUAUCUGUGCAGUGUGUGCAACGCCAAGGGCUGCGUCAACUCUUCUGCCAGUGUGGCGGUAGAAGGCUCCGAGGAUAAAGGCAGCAUGGAGAUCGUGAUUCUUGUCGGCACCGGGGUCAUAGCCGUCUUCUUCUGGGUCCUCCUCCUCAUCAUUUUCUGUAACAUGAGGAGGCCAGCCCAUGCAGACAUCAAGACCGGCUACCUGUCCAUCAUCAUGGACCCCGGGGAGGUACCUCUGGAGGAGCAGUGUGAAUACCUAUCCUAUGACGCCAGUCAGUGGGAGUUUCCCCGGGAUCGGCUGCACCUCGGGAGAGUUCUGGGCCACGGGGCCUUUGGGAAGGUGGUAGAAGCUUCUGCUUUUGGAAUCAACAAGGGCAGCACCUGUGACACUGUGGCUGUGAAAAUGCUGAAAGAGGGCGCCACAGCUAGCGAGCACCGCGCCCUGAUGUCGGAACUCAAGAUCCUAAUCCACAUUGGUAACCACCUCAACGUGGUCAACCUUCUGGGGGCGUGCACCAAGCCUAAUGGUCCCCUCAUGGUGAUCGUAGAGUUCUGCAAAUACGGCAACCUCUCCAACUUUUUGCGCGCCAAGCGGGAGACCUUCAGCCCCUAUGCAUACAAAUCCCCGGAGCAUCGAAGGCGCUUCCACGAAAUGGUGCAGGGUGCCAAAGCAGAUUGGUGGAGGCCCGGGAGCAGUGAAAGGGACCUCUUAAGAAAGUUCCUGGAGGGCAAGAGCAAGGCGGGGCAGGCCACUCUGGUCCAAGAAGCCGAGGACCUGUGGGUCAGCCCUCUAACCAUGGAAGACCUCGUCUGCUAUAGCUUCCAGGUGGCCCGAGGGAUGGAGUUCCUGGCCUCCCGCAAGUGCAUCCACAGAGACCUGGCUGCUCGGAACAUCUUGCUGUCAGAAAGCGAUGUGGUGAAGAUCUGCGACUUUGGCCUCGCCCGGGACAUCUAUAAGGACCCUGACUACGUGCGCAAGGGCAGCGCCCGGCUGCCCCUGAAGUGGAUGGCACCUGAGAGCAUCUUUGACAAGGUGUAUACCACACAGAGUGAUGUCUGGUCCUUUGGGGUGCUACUCUGGGAGAUCUUCUCCUUGGGGGCCUCCCCGUACCCUGGGGUACAGAUCAAUGAGGAAUUCUGCCAGCGGCUGAAGGAGGGCACCCGGAUGAGGGCCCCAGAGUUGGCCACUCCUGCCAUAUGGCGCAUCAUGAUGAGCUGUUGGUCUGGAGACCCCAAAGAGAGGCCUGCCUUCUCAGAGCUGGUGGAGAUGCUGGGGGACCUGCUCCAGGGCAGGGGCCAGCUGGCGGAGGAGGACUGCAUGGCACCCAGCCGCUCGUGUUUGGAGGAGGGCAGCUUCUUGCAGGUGUCCACCACAGCCCUGCAUGUCGCUGAGGCUGACACCACCAAGGAGGGCAGCUGGUCGAGCCUGUACCGGCACAGCCUGGCUGCCAGAUAUUACAACUGUGUAUCCUUUCCUGGGAGCCUGCCCAGAGGGACUCAGACCCAGGGACCAUCCAGGAUGAAAACGUUUGAAGAGUUUCCCAUGACCCCAACAGCCUACAAGGCCUCCGUGGAUAACCAGACAGAUAGCGGGAUGGUGCUGGCCUCCGAGGAGUUUGAGCAGCUGGAGAGCAGGCACAGACAAGAAGGCGGGCUCAGCUAUAACGGACCUGGCUGGAAUGUGGAUGUGACCAGGGCACACCCUGACCGCCCAGAGCAGCGACGGUGGCCUGACCAGGGCACACAGGGAGGCCAGGUGUUCUAUAACAGCGAAUACGGGGAGCUGGCAGGGCCACGAGGGGAGGACGACUGUAACCCAUUGGCCCACGCAGUCUUCUUUAUAGACAACAGCUAA